AGUUGUGUCUGACGACAGUGGAGGCGACCGGGAUGAAACAUGGCAGGUAGAGGAGCAAAACAGAGCCGCUCCGGCGGGUUUUCAGGCAGGAAAGGAGAGCAGGAUGAGGAGGAGCAGCCCCUGCAGGCCGUCCUGGUGGCCGACAGCUUCAACCGGAGGUUUUUCCCGGUGACCAAGGACCAGCCGCGGGCCCUGCUGCCCCUGGGCAACGCUGCCAUGAUCGACUACACCCUGGAGUUCCUCACCUCCACCGGGGUCCAGGAGACCUUCGUGUUCUGCUGCUGGAUGGCCCCCAAGAUCAAGGAGCACCUGCUAAAGUCAAAGUGGUGUCGACCCAGUUCCCCAAACACGGUCCACAUCAUCACCUCGGAGCUGUACCGCUCCCUGGGAGACGUGCUCAGGGAUGUGGACGCCAAGUCCCUCGUCAGAUCUGAGUUUGUGCUGGUUUACGGAGACGUGGUGUCCAACAUCGACAUCAGCCAGGCGCUGCAGGAACACAGGCAACGGCGAAAAAAUGAGAAGAACGUCUCGGUGAUGACCAUGAUCUUUAAGGAGUCGUCGCCGGGUCACAGGUCCCGCUGUGAGGACGAUGACGUCAUUGUUGCUAUGGAGAGCAAGAGCCAGCAGAUUUUACACUAUCAGAAGACACAAGGACUGAAGAAGCUUCAGUUUCCGAUGAAUAUUUUCCACAGUGGGAGCGAUGAGUUUGAAAUCAGACACGACCUCCUGGACUGCCACAUCAGUAUCUGCUCUCCACAGGUUGCUGAGCUCUUUACUGACAAUUUUGACUAUCAAACAAGGGAUGACUUUGUCAGAGGGCUUUUAGUUAAUGAAGAGAUCUUAGGUAAUCAGAUCCACAUGCACGUCACCAAAGACAACUAUGGCGUCCGCGUAUCCAACUUGCUCAUGUACGACUCUGUGUCAUCGGACCUUGUGCGGCGAUGGGUCUACCCCAUCACGCCCGAGUCCAACUUUACGGCCCAGGAGGGACGCGGCUGCACAUACUCUCGCCACAAUGUCUACCGGGGGUCUGGAGUCAGCCUGGGCCACGGCAGCCAGAUGGUGGAGAACGUCCUUAUCGGAUGCGACACCAGCAUCGGCUCCAACUGUCGCAUCUCCAACACCGUCAUCGGGGACAACUGCACCAUAGGUGACAAUACAAUCCUGGACUACGCCUAUAUCUGGAAUAACGUUCAUAUUGCCAGUAAUGUGGUGAUCCGUCAGUCUGUGGUCUGUGACAAAGCUGAGGUCAAAGAGGGCGUGACCCUUAAUAAACAGUGUGUCCUGGCGUAUAAUGUGGUGAUUGGACCCAACAUCUCUUUGCCAGAGGGUACUGUGGUGUCCAUGCACCAUCCAGAUGAGGAGGAAGAGGAGGAUGAUGAUGAAUUCCUCAGUGACAAUGCCGAAGCAGACCAAAGUAAAGACAAAACCAAGCAGAAAGUUUUCAACCCAGCAGAAGUUGGAGCAGAUGGAAAAGGUUACAUCUGGAAGACCAGUAUUCUGGACGACACCGGGGAGGAAGAGCUGUCACAGUGUCUCUGGGGUUUGGUGUUGAACCCAGAUCCUGAGAGUGACAGUGAAGACAGUGAGUCCGACGGUCCUGAUGAUCCAGUGAUUCCCUCUCCUGAGAUGGAAGAUGUUAAAGUGUUCCAGCUGGAGGUGCUGGGGACGCUGCAGAGAGGACUGGAGGAAAACAUCGGCUGUGAUAACCUCGUGCUCGAGAUCAAUUCACUAAAGUACGCCUAUAAUAUCACUCUGAAGGAGGUGAUGCAGAUUUUAACCAGAGUGGUGCUGGAUUACCCUUUUCAGCCGGAGGACUCGCAUCUCACGCCCUCUCAAUAUGUGUCUCUGCUGCUGCCGUUAUUGGAGAAAUGGGCGCCGGUAUUCAAGAACUACGUGAAGAGAGCGCAGGAUCACCUAGACUGUCUUUCUGCCUUUGAGGAAUAUUUCCUGGAGAAGGAGAGCCACUGGGCCGUGAUGGGAAAGGUGCUGAUGAACAUGUACCAGCUGGAGAUCCUGGAGGAGGAGAUGAUACUGCGAUGGUUCUCUCAGGGAGCAACCACGGACAAGAGCAGACAGCUCCGCAAAAACCAGGGGCUUCAGAAGUUUAUCCAGUGGUUGGAAGAGGCUGAGGAGUCUUCAGAAGAAGAGGGAGAGUAACGAGGAGCACUCCAAGAUGGACAAAGUCAAACCUGCAAACAGUUCAAACUAAAGGGACAUGGUUUAUCAUCUUCAUCCUCCACAUUCUGCCUCCACUAACCUUCAGGAUCUGUUCUGUACAGGCAUCCAUUUUUAAUCACAUACCGCUGUCACUUAAGGAAUGUGCAUCAAAAUAAAGAAGAGAAGCCUUUAGUCUGCUUGGAUU